AUGUAUGGUACUAUCAACAACUACAAACCUGUUAUGAACCAGGCGUAUAAUCAGACCUUCAACGGUCCUGUUGUGUUCGCCAUCGAGAACCAUGCGGAUAACACCCAGGGCGCAGAGCCAGAUAUGGAAUGGUUGGAGGGGCAAGUCAAGCUGACUUGUCCCAGAGCCACCAAUCGCGACUCGCAGCCGCCGGAGAAGAGACUCCGGUUCCAGUUUGAUGUCCCCAUACCUGAGCGGGCAGCUACUAGAGACCCAGUCAGUCCAAGGGAGCUCGCCACAUUCACAAUCCCAGUGUCAGACGACCCCUCACGCUCCCUCGAGGUGACAAUCAAGGAAGUGAACACUCCCGGUAUGGUAAGUGCUAGGCCUUCCGGAUAUGUUAUGAGGAGUCAUGCCUGCUAA